AGCCCCCCGCCAAAGUCUUGAAAUUCGCGCCUGGGAAAUCCUCCGGCGUGGCUUUAGGGUUUUAGGCUCUUUAAUCCAUUUUUACUUUCUAAAAUCCCUAAAACCCACUGGGCAUGACUCCAUUAUUAUGCCAUUCCACUGCUUCAAUCCCUAACCCUAACUCUUUCAUGUCUCUCUCCUCCACUCUCCGUCUAUCUUCCUCCUUCCUCCGCCGCUCCUUCUUCCGAUUUCCCCUCACCGACCCAUUAUGUCGUCUCCGCCGCACUGAACCCUCCGCCUCGCGUUUCUUCUCCUCCCGUACUCCCCGGUCCGGCCAGUUCGUUGUCGGUGCUUCCAAACGCGCCGAUGAGCAGUUCAAGGAAGAGUCCGGAGCUAACAAUGGCGGUUUGGUGGUUUCUGGGGACGAAUCUCGUAUUGUGCCUUUUGAGCUUCAUAAGGAGGCUACUGAGUCCUACAUGGCGUAUGCCCUCUCUGUUUUGCUUGGACGCGCUUUGCCUGAUGUUAGAGACGGACUGAAACCAGUACAUCGGAGAAUUCUCUUUGCAAUGCAUGAGUUGGGGAUGUCAUCUAAGAAACCAUACAAGAAAUGUGCAAGAGUUGUUGGAGAGGUUCUUGGUAAGUUUCAUCCGCAUGGAGAUACUGCUGUUUAUGAUUCGCUUGUUAGGAUGGCUCAGAGUUUCUCCCUGAGAUGUCCACUUAUCCAAGGCCAUGGAAAUUUUGGCUCAAUAGAUGCAGAUCCUCCUGCUGCUAUGCGUUACACCGAAUGCAGACUCGAUCCACUGGCUGAGGCAGUACUGUUGUCUGAUCUGGACCAAGAUACGGUUGAUUUUGUGGCCAAUUUUGAUAACUCUCAAAAAGAACCAGCAGUGUUGCCUGCUCGUCUUCCUGCUUUGUUGUUGAAUGGAGCUUCUGGGAUUGCGGUUGGCAUGGCAACAAAUAUUCCCCCUCAUAAUCUUGGGGAGUUGGUAGACGUGCUUUGCGCUUUAAUUCAUAAUCCAGAAGCAACGCUGCAAGAACUGCUGGAAUACAUGCCUGCACCUGACUUUCCAACUGGAGGAAUAAUAAUGGGAAAUCUUGGGGUUUUGGAUGCUUACCGAACUGGCCGAGGGCGUGUUGUAGUUAGAGGAAAAGCUGAAGUUGAAUUGUUGGAUCCAAAGACAAAGCGGAAUGCAGUUAUUAUCACAGAGAUUCCUUACCAGACAAACAAAGCUACGCUUGUCCAGAAGAUUGCCGAACUUGUUGAAAAUAAGACGCUAGAGGGCAUAAGUGACAUACGUGACGAGAGUGAUCGUAAUGGGAUGCGUGUGGUUAUUGAGCUCAAACGAGGAGGGGAUCCUGCACUUGUGCUAAAUAAUCUUUACCGGCAUACUGCCCUUCAAUCAAGCUUCAGCUGCAACAUGGUGGGUAUCUGCGAUGGAGAACCCAAGCUAAUGGGUUUAAAAGAACUACUUCAGGCAUUUAUAGAUUUCAGAUGUUCUGUUGUCGAAAGGCGUGCAAGGUUCAAGCUUUCACAUGCACAACAACGAAAACAUAAUAUUGAGGGUAUUGUGGUUGGGCUUGACAAUGUGGACGAAGUAAUCAAACUCAUCAAGAACGCCUCAAGUCAUUCCUCUGCUAGUGCUGCUUUACAAAGUGAGUAUGGUCUUUCUGAGAAACAAGCUGAGGCUAUACUGGAGAUAACUCUUCGAAGGCUAACUACUCUUGAGCGGAAAAAGGUUACUGAUGAGAGUAGUUCACUGACAGAGCAAAUUACAAAGUUGGAGCAGCUAUUAUCAACCCGAGCAAAUAUCCUAAAGUUAAUCGAACAAGAAGCAAUAGAGCUGAAGGACAGAUUCUCAAGUCCCAGGCGUUCAAUGUUGGAGGAUUCUGACAGUGGUGAUCUAGAAGAUAUAGAUGUUAUUCCAAAUGAAGAGAUGCUGAUGGCAAUCAGCGAAAAGGGAUAUGUGAAGAAAAUGAAGGCCGAUACUUUCAAUCUUCAGCAUCGUGGAACAAUUGGCAAAUCUGUUGGGAAACUGAGAGUUGAUGAUGCAAUGUCUGACUUUCUUGUUUGUCAUGCACAUGACCAUGUCCUCUUCUUCAGCGACCGGGGUAUAGUGUACUCAACCCGUGCGUAUAAAAUUCCAGAAUGCUCUCGCAAUGCAGCUGGUACUCCUUUGGUUCAGAUAUUAUCCAUGUCAGAAGGUGAAAGAGUAACCUCCAUUGUUCCUGUUAGCGAGUUUGCUGAAGAUCGCUACCUCCUGAUGCUUACAGUGAAUGGCUGCAUCAAGAAAGUAUCGCUGAAAUUAUUCUCAGGAAUACGCUCAACUGGAAUCAUAGCAAUUCAGUUGAAUUCUGGUGAUGAACUGAAAUGGGUUCGCUGUUGCUCAAGCGAUGAUCUUGUGGCCAUGGCGUCCCAAAACGGAUUGGUCGUCUUGAGUACAUGUGAUGGUGUUCGUACACUGAGCAGAAAUACAAAGGGAGUGACUGCCAUGAGACUCAAGAAUGAGGAUAAGAUAGCGAGCAUGGACAUCAUACCUGCAUCUCUGCGGAAAGAUAUGGAAGAGAAGUCGGAAGAUGCUUCAAUUGUCAGAAAACAAUCCACCGGUCCAUGGCUAUUAUUCGUGUGUGAGAAUGGUUAUGGAAAGCGUGUUCCUCUGAGUAGCUUCCGGCGUUCGCGUUUGAACAGAGUUGGUUUAUCUGGAUACAAGUUUGCGGAGGAUGAUCGUUUGGCUGCUGUUUUCGUGGUUGGUUACUCCUUGGCUGAGGAUGGGGAAAGCGAUGAGCAAGUAGUUCUGGUGAGCCAAAGCGGAACUGUGAACCGGAUCAAAGUCAGGGAUAUCUCAAUCCAAUCCCGCAGAGCACGGGGAGUGAUUCUUAUGCGGCUAGAUCAUGCCGGCAAAAUCCAAUCUGCUUCUCUGAUCUCUGCAGCAGAUGAAGAAGAAACAGAAGGAACUCCAACUAAUGAAACCUUAGAAGCCGUUAGCCUGUAAAGUUUACAAUCCCAAUUCAACCAGUUUUUGUGACAAUUAUCAAGUUCAGUACAUAGAGUCUAUGUGCUUAACUCUCUUCCUCAUUUUGUUUUCUGAUGUGUUACUACGAAGAGAAAACCAUGAUCGAAGUUAGUUAUUAACAUUAAUCUACUUUACAUUUUGUUGGGUUUAAUUAUAUAAAUAUAUUUUAAGAAAGUUGAAA